AUGACACUGUUUGAAGCUCAUGGCAUUUCAAUGAGGCUGAAUGACUGUGGAAGAUGGUUGUUCAAAGACAUCAAUGUUAAAUUGAACAAAAAGGGCGAGAUUCUUGUGUUGCAGGGACCCAGUGGUACAGGCAAGACGACCCUAUUGAAAUGCAUAGCGGAGCUGAUUCCAUACACCAGUGGCUAUUCCACAUUGCAUGGCAAACGACCCGAGGACUAUGGUGUGCCCAUUUGGCGAUCCAAAGUCAUGUACAUUCCUCAACGACCUUCAGCUCAUCCUGGCAAUCCCAUGGAUUUGUUCCAUCUCGUCAAAAAGUAUUCGAGCCAAAAGGAAAAGAAGAACAUUGGUAAUCCUAUCGAAAUUGGCAUGCGCUGGAACUUGAGCGAAUCCCAUUUUCAAGAAAAAUGGUCCAAUCUUUCUGGAGGUGAAAUGCAACGAUGUGCAUUAGCUAUUGCUCUUUGUUUCAAACCAGAGAUUCUUUUGUUGGAUGAGCCAACUUCGGCAUUGGAUCCAGAUUCGGCUGAAAAGGUUGAGAAUGAUUUAAAAAACUAUGCAUGUAUAUGGAUCACACAUGAUGCACGGCAAGCCGAGCGUGUGGGUACUGGCAAACUUACCCUUACAAAGCCAGAUGAAAACGAACAAGAAGAAGAUGAAGGUGAACAACACGAACAAGAAGAGGGUGGUUUACAUGUACCCAUUGUAACAACAGCCGAUGACGAUAACGAGGACCAGCGCAAACAUAAGAAAUUCAGAUUAUCACCUAGUGCUAUCCUUGAUAGAUUACCCAUUGAUCUAACCUAG